AUGAGUGAUGAUGAUUCUAAACUGAAUCAAGCGACUGAUCCUUCCUCUUCUUCUUCCACGAGUUCUAGCAAUGAUGAAUUACUUUCAAUUUUAGUCUCAAUGUUUCCGGACAAACCAAUUGACAUCUUGCAUAACGCUUUGAUAAGUUCAUCAAAUGAUAUUGAAUUAGCAUGUUCCAUUAUACUUAGCGAUCCCAUAAAUGCCAUCGACGAAACUAUUGACUCACAUCGUAAUGAAAAGGGUAUGCCUCUCACCGAAUUAAUUGAAAUGUUUCCCAACAUAGAUGCAAACAAGAUACGACUAUUAUACAAAGAUGAGAAGUUUAAAAACGCAGAUGAUUUAAUAUCAGAAUUGUUGAAUUUCGAAUUGUUAUCAAUGGAAGAUAAAAACGAACAAGAAAAUGCUGAAUGGAGUAUAAAAAACAAUGAGCCAAACGACAAGGUAGUUUCUAAAAAAAAUUCUUGGAAUUCUAUGAGGGCGAAUAUCGAUACAAUUGUUCAGUAUACCAUGGUAUCAAAAGGACGUGCAAGAGAAGCAUUUUUGAAUAACCAAUUUAACACAGUACUUGCAAUUAUUGAUAUAAUCAAUAAUCUUCAUCCCAAUGAAAGGAAAACUGAAAAGAUUCUUCCAUUUACGACGGGUAAGAAUCAUUCGUAUGCUGGAAGUCGUGUUCAAACAAACAGAGGGUUUGCUCAUCCGAUGAUAAGGACUAAUAGACAAGCCAACAUGUAUACUUCUUUAACGUCAGACGCUGAACAGCACUCGGAUGAGGAUAAUAAAACAGAACCGGCUCAAUUCAUAUACUCACUUCAAAAUAAAAAAGUGAUUGAAUUGCAGGAGUUAGUCAAUGGAAAUCUCACCUUGAAGAGUAUCAGUCCGAAGUUUUAUCGACAAUGUAUUAUUUACUAUAAUGGAGAUGUCGAUAAAACUUUGGCGCUAGCAUUAUACAUCAUUAAAAAUAACAUGGCGAAUGCAACAUUUACCACAGCAAGGGAUACAGUUGAUAUUAACUUUAUCGAAGUUAAUUAUAAGAAACAACCUAAAUAUGACAGUUACAAGAAAAAUAUGAAGCCUUCUAAUUCCAAACCAGAAACUCGAGGUGCAAGCUCACUGUUAAACGAGCCCAAAGGAAUCAGAGAGGGAACGCAAAUGAUAAGCCGUCUAUUUGAAACUUAUUCUUUAGAUUUCCAUGGAUUUUUGCCAUCCACAGCGGUAGAGUUGUUGAAGAAAGCUUUAGAGAUCUGGUGGGGAGAAGAAUUAUCCGAAAGAGAAAUGAACGCAAAAAGAAGUAUAACAAAUAAUAAAGCCUUGUAUGUGAAGCCACUAACUGUAAUCACAGGGAGAGGAAUGCAUAGUGUCGGAGGUAUAUCCAAAGUAAGAGUACAGGUGAAGAAAUAUUUGACUUCCAACAAUUACAUAUUCUGGGAAGAACCAUCUUUCUUUACAAUAGAGGGUAAAAAAUCUUCUAAAUGA